GGCAGAGGAGAGGAAGGCGAUGCGACGGACGGGCGCACCCGCUCAGGCUGACUCUCGGGGGCGAGGUCGAGCCAGGGGCGGCUGCCCUGGGGGCGAGGCGACGCCGUCUCUUCCUCCACCUCGCGGCGGAACCCGAGGACAGGAGCCUCAGAUGAAAGAAACUAUCAUGAAUCAAGAGAAACUCGCCAAACUGCAGGCACAAGUGCGCAUUGGUGGGAAAGGAACUGCUCGCAGAAAGAAGAAGGUGGUUCAUAGAACAGCUACAGCAGAUGAUAAAAAACUUCAGUUCUCCUUAAAGAAAUUAGGAGUAAACAAUAUCUCUGGUAUUGAAGAGGUGAAUAUGUUUACAAACCAAGGAACAGUGAUCCACUUUAACAACCCUAAAGUUCAGGCAUCUCUGGCAGCAAACACUUUCACCAUUACGGGCCAUGCUGAGACAAAGCAGCUGACAGAAAUGCUACCCAGCAUCUUAAACCAGCUUGGUGCAGACAGUCUGACUAGUUUAAGGAGACUGGCUGAAGCUCUGCCCAAACAAUCUGUGGAUGGAAAAGCACCACUUGCUACUGGAGAGGAUGAUGAUGAUGAAGUUCCAGAUCUUGUGGAGAAUUUUGAUGAAGCUUCCAAGAAUGAGGCAAACUGAAUUGAGUCAACUUCUGAAGAAGAUAAAACUUGAAGAAGUUAUUGGGAGCUGCUAUUUUAUAUUAUGACUGCUUUUUAAAAUUGUUUUGUUUAUGGAUCUGAUAAAAUCUAGAUCUCUAAUAUUUUUAAGCCCAAGCCCCUUGGACACUGCAGCUCUUUUCAGUUUUUGCUUAUACACAGUUCAUUCUUUGCAGCUAAUUAAGCUGAAGAAGCCUGGGAAUAAAGUUUGAAAAAAAGGUUAAUAAAGUUCUUUGCGUAGUA